CGUUCAUAAUUAUUUUUGGUGCCUCCGUCGUAACUUGUGCGGAUUUAUUUAAGAAUCCUCCAUGUCGCUCUCGAAGGUUUCCUUGUAUCGUUAUUCCCUAUUUACACGGUGUAAACACUCGAGAGAGGGGGAACCUGCUCACCUGUUUGCCAUAAUUUACCGUCCCACGUUUCGAUAUACUAAUGAGCUCUUCUCGCAAAACACCGAUGGGACGUCGCGAGAACGUUUUCCACCUUUUGGCAAGCCGGUUCCGUUUCUUCCAUCUUUCAUCGUCACCUUUGAGCUAUCUUUUCGCGCGCUCUACGCUCGCUGAAAUUUGCCGCUGUCGAAAUAAUUCUCGCUAUAAAAUGAUUUACAGCGACGUUGAGAAAUCUGGGGAAAAAAUUCCUGUCUUCGAUUUACGCAGCAGAGUGGCCGAUAAUUUAACCGUGAUACUUUAACCACGAUUUAAUCUUCCGCGGAGUACAGUGCACGCAUGAAAGUGUAGUGAACAAUGGAACCCCCGUUGAACAGUGAGAAAGUGAAGGAAAAUCGAAAAGAUUUCGUCGUCGAUUAAUUCUAAUGACUGUGUACAAAUGUGUCACGCGGAUAAGGUAACGUACACCUGAUCGUAUAGUCUGCCGAGACUAUAGGAGACUGGACGAGGCUCGCGUGGCGCGGAUUAAUGAUCGAGGGUGGCGAUCGAGCGAGGGUGGUAUCGAAAAUAUGAGAAAAGGGGCGCGGUUUUCGGAAAGCGGCCGUCACUAUAAAUAGAGGCGCCUCGUGCGUGCGUGCUAUGCUUUUAAACAUAGUUUUGGCAGCGCGAAACGUCAAACCGCCUCGGAGUGGCAAAGCGCGUGGAUCGUUUCGCGAAAUUCGCGGAAAAUACUGGCCGAAAUCCUCGUUGCUUUCAGCAAUAUCCGUCCCGGUCCAAAUCGCGCGAGAUCCCCGGGAACGAGAUGUGACUCCGUGUGAUCAUCAUCUCGAUAGAUCAUUCGUGCGCCACCAUUGUUCUUCCGCAGAGCGGGACAAGAGGCUCGUGGACGGACGGGAUGAAACGCGGUCUGACGUGAAAACGUGUCUGACGUUUCAAUGACGGACUAAGAUUCGGGUGGUUUUCAUCGAUAAAGCGAAGCAGCUGGUUCUCGUGUCGCGUCUCGACCACUCUUUUCCUGUUUUCUCCGAUUAGGGGGAGCGUAAAGGCCGCGGAGAUUCGCGCGAAGGGACACGGAGGAAGAAAUGAAAAGUGCGUUGGAUAAGUGCGACAAGGAGAACCUGCGGCCGAUGGAGGCGGGACCCGAGGCCGAGGGAAACGCGCAGGAUGCUCAGGACGAAGACGCGAUGUCACCGAGCACCAAAACCGCGGACGACGCUAUGAACGAUGUGUUGCUGGAGAAGCUCCGAAACUGCGUGUCCAAGCCGCAGGAGGCCGAUACGUUCAGGCACAUCGCAGCUAAGAUUCAUGCUCGUGUUACGUCCUCAGAUCGACGGGUGCGCGAGCGAACGCUGGAGAAACUAUGGCGGAAGAAUUCCGGUGCGAUGGAGAUAUUCAUCGCGACGCUGGAGAAUUGCAAGGAUCACGCGAUAAACUGCAGCAUCGCCAGCAUACUACACGAAUGCAUUUCGCCCCGUGCGGCGAAAGGGAAGACCAAAGGGAACAAGAACAAAAGUGCCACAAGAUCCAGUAGCCGAAUGGCAGUGAUGCAGCUGAUCAAUUUAGGAAUCACGCAAGUUCUAGUUAAGCUUUUAGUUAGCCUGCAACACGCGGACACUAUUUCCAGCGAAGUCCUCACGCAGGAGGUGCUUUGGCUUUUGGGCCAGGUUGCCCAAAGGGACCAAAAGUUCGUGUCAAAGAUGAAGACGCUUAAUACCGUAAAAGUGUUCCAUACUCUUCUCAAGCAACAUUACAACAACAGUAAAACGUUGCUGCCUUUGCUGUUGAUCGUCAAAUGUCUGGCCAGGAACUCAUUUUCUCUUCAAGUAUUGGUGAAGGACGGGAUCGCCAGCACGUUGGAGAAAACGUUCGUUUGCGUCGGUUACAUACCGCACCUGAAACUCAGAUCGUUGUUAGAGUGCUUCAAAUAUUUCACAACCAGCAAACUUUGUUGCACGAAAUUCGUGAAGGUGGGCCUAGUGCAUCUGCUGAUGAGGAUCUUCGAGAGAUGGGAACGAUUCGACGGGCCGAUGAGACUGAAGAUUUGCAACUGCGCUCUGAUCACGCUGCAGCACUUAUGCGUCAUAAAAGCCGGCAGGAAGGCUAUCAAGCUGAACAAUGGCCUGCAACUACUGUACCGGUUCUGCAGCAACUGUCCGGAGGAUAAGGCAUACGAUUCGUUGCUGUCGCGUAUAUGCGGGAUAAUCAAUCAAUGUCUGGAGAAGAAAGAGCUGCCGGUGCCCGAAAUGUCUCCGGCAAGAUUCGUGCUGCCCGAAGCGAACGUCAGGCCUAGCAGCGCCGAGAGUGGCAGCGACAUCGACAGUCAGGCAUACAGCGUGGCGUCUCUGGGAAGGCUGUACAGCGACCUUGAUUCCGGAGACGAAGAAGAAAAUCAGAAUUCAAGGACGAACGCGAAAUCUAUGAGCACAGCGGACGAAGUGGACGAGAGCAAGUUCUUCGCUGGCGUGUUCACGUCUCAAAGGUCGGAGGAGGACCUGGCCGAGUACGGCGUGUUCUUCAAGGAAUUGGGCAAUCUACAGCAGCAAGUCUGUGUCGCGAGAUCUUCCGCGGAGAAGUUGAUCGACAUAGUCGACUCCGCGGAGGAAGAUAAACAGAAUUCUCGAUGCACCAGAGGGGGCAGCAAAUCGAAAAUGUUCUCGAAGGAUUCGACGAAAGAAGGAGCGACUAAGAACCACGCUACGAACAACGACGCCACGAUCAAGAUCUUCAACAACGUGUCGUCCAGCCUGACGGAUCAACAGGCCUAUUGCGUGAUAGCGAGCAGAGUGAAAAGCGUAAUUGGCUUCGCGAAGGUGGCUUACCCGGAUCUAGUCGGUGGCGAUGGUCUGGGGAAGGAUGAACCUUUGAAUAGCAAGGACAGGAAGGUCUGCCGAGCGAAGCUUCUCACGUGCGUGGAACGGGGUCUUCACGGUAGCUCGAUGGCGCAGGAAGUGGUGUACGAUCUCGACGCUGUUGCAUCUAAUAACACCAUCGCGGAAGAACUGAUUCCCAUCGACGAUCAUUUAUGCAACUGGGAUGAGAAGAGAAUAGGCAAACGCUGUUCCGACGACAAGCAGUUGCGCUUCGAGUCCAGAUUCGAGAGCGGGAACCUGAGGAAAGUUAUUCAGAUAGGCCUGAGAGAGUACGAUCUGAUCCUGACGCCGGACGUGAACAGCGGCUCCAGGCACCAGUGGUUCUACUUCGAGGUGUCGAACAUGGAGGCGAACCUCGCCUACACGUUCAACAUCGUCAACUGCGAGAAAGCAAACUCGCAGUUCAACUUUGGCAUGAAACCGAUUCUCUACAGCGUGACGGAAGCUCAGCUGGGCAGGCCGGGUUGGGUGAGGACAGGCGCUGACAUCUGUUACUAUCGAAACUGUUAUCAGCGACCGGCCAAGGGGAAGAAUUACCUCACCACCUCGUUCACGGUCACCUUUCCCCACGCGUACGACGUCUGCUACCUGGCUUACCAUUUCCCUUACACGUACAGCCUGUUAAUGACCAACAUCUGGAAGUGGACCAGAACGGUUCCUCCGAAUACGUACUUCAAAGCCGAGACACUCUGCGAGACGUUGAACGGCAAUGACAAUCCUCUGCUGACUAUCACGUCCAUGGAUUCUAAGAGCAAUCCUAUACAGAAUCGCAAGGUGAUAUUCCUGACGUCUCGAGUUCAUCCGGGUGAAAGCAACGCCUCGUGGGUGAUGGAUGGCACUCUGGAAGCGUUAUUGGGCAACAACGCGUAUGCAGCUGGCCUGCGAGACGAUUACGUAUUCAAAAUCGUGCCUAUGCUGAACAUCGAGGGUGUGGUGAACGGUUGUAAUCGAUACGGACUAACGAACGAGGACCUGAACAGGCGAUGGAGCAACCCGAACCAGGUGCUCCAUCCGGUGAUCUAUCACACCAAGGGCCUGAUGGAGUACUGCACGAGGGUGCUGCAAAGACCUCCCUAUGUUUUCGUCGACUAUCACGGCCAUUCACGGAGGAAGAACGUGUUUCUGUUCGGUUGCUCAAGGUCGGGUUCUUGGAGCGCCGCGGACAGGGCGAAACCGGACCAACCGGCGCAGUAUUUGAUGUUGCCGCACCUCAUGCAGAGGAUAUCUCCUGCGUUCGCGUUGCCACUCUGCUCGUUCAAGGUUGAGAGGAACAAGGAGUCCACGGCUAGGGUAGCCAUAUGGCGGCAGUUGGGUGUCUCGAGAAGCUACACGAUGGAGAGCAGCUUCUGCGGAUGCGACCAGGGAGCCUUGGCCGGCUUGCACCUGGAUACCAAACACCUGAAGGCGAUAGGUCAGGAUUUCUGUCAGGCUCUGUCCAUGAUGAAGGACUGCGGUGAGGAUUGGAGCAUCGACAAGUCAUUGGUGGAGGACUGUUGUCCGCUAAAAUGUAUUUUGCGGAAGUCGAAAAUGCCUCCUAAAUGUAUUCAGGAUAAACCAGCGGUGCACCAUCUCGCUGCGAUCCCGUAGCGAGCGAUCGAGGCAAGAUUUGUCUGUAGCAACGUUCUCUCAAGAUUCCCAUGGGAGAAGGGGUCCCCGAGGAGUCAGGGUGCAUGGAGGAUGACAUGUCGUCCAGCUGCGACUCGGACGAGUCCGACUUCGAAGCCUAGGAAAAUUCUAGUCGAUGGAAUCGAUCUUCUCGAUUCUUUGUACAGCGAUCGGGUGGUUGUACGGGUUUUGCUUGUGAAAUAAAGACGUGAAAACACCGUGGAAUGAUUCUGUACACUUUGA